AUGGGAGAACUCCCGUGGUGGCUAUCCACCACCGAGUGCACGCCGCAGCCGUCGUCGUCAGGCUCCCUCUCCGGCACCCUCGCCUUCAUCUUCCUCUCGCCCUGCCCGCAGCGCGCGCUCCUCGGCGCCAUCGACCUCCUCUUCCUCCUCGCCUCGCUCCUCCUUGUCCUCGCCAAACGCCGCGGCUCCGGCCGCGCGGGGCCUGAGCACGAGGCGCUGCUGCCGACGCCCACCGCGCCGUCACGGUCCAUCACAUACGGUUAUGCCAUCGCGCUCGGCGCGUCCGCGGUCUUCGCCGCGGCGUCCGCCGUCCUCCUCGCGAUCGCGGCCUUCCUCCUGCCGCCCGCGGCGUGGCUCUACGCGGAGUCCGCUUUCCUCGCCGCCCACUGCGCCGCGCACGCCGUGGCCGCGUGGACCGUGGUCGUCGCUUCGCGGAAGCCGGCCGCCGCGCACCCUCCGAGGCACCUCCGCGUCUUCUGGAUCGCAACCGCCCUCUGCGCCGCACUGUUCUCAGCCUCCGCGGCGAUCUGCUGCGCCGGCGGCUCUCCGCUCUUCCCCGACGACGUCCUCGCCUGGGCCGGCCUGCUCCUCUCGCUGCCUCUCCCGUACAUUGCCGUCACCACCACCUGCACGGCGCGCGAUGAAGGGAAUCAACAGGACCAAAACCUCAGCGCGGCUGCGGCGACGCCGUACGCCACCGCGUCGUUCCUCUCGCGCGCGACCUUCAGCUGGAUCACCCCGCUGGUCUCCAAGGGGCAUGCCAAAGGCUCCCUCGCCGCCGCUGGCGACGUCCCGCCGGUGUCGCCGGCCCACAGCGCCGAGGCGACGUACGCUCUGCUCGCAUCCAACUGGCCGGACGCGGCGCGGAAGUGGCGGAGCCCGGUGGGCGUUGCGCUCUGCCUUUCCUUCUGGCCGCAGCUCCUACUCACCGCCGCGCUCGGCCUCGUCCAGCUCGCGGCCAUGUAUGUCGGCCCGUCGCUCAUCGACCGCUUUGUCGAGUUCAUCCGCCGCGGUGGCACGCCGUGGGAGGGCCUCCGGCUAGUCCUCAUUCUGCUCGUCGGCAAGGCGGUCCAGACGCUCGCGUCGCACCACUACAACUUCCAGGGCCAGCUCCUGUGCAUGCGCAUCCGCGGUGCGCUGCUCACGGCGCUGUACCGCAAGUCGCUGCGGCUGUCUGCCGGUGCGCGCAGGGUGCACGGCGCCGGCGGCAUUGUGAACUACAUGCAGGUGGACGCCUGGGUCGUAUCCGGCGCCAUGCACGGGCUGCAUGACCUCUGGCUGAUGCCGCUGCAGAUCGCGGUGGCGCUGCUCCUCCUGUAUGCGUACCUCGGCCCGGCCGUGCUCAUGACGCUCGUCGUGAUCGCCGCGGUCGCCGUGGUCACCGUGUUCGCCAACAAGCUCAACAUGGCCUACCAGUUCAAAUUCGUCGAGGUCCGCGACAGCCGCGUCAAGGCCCUGACAGAGAUGCUGAACCACAUGCGCGUGAUCAAGCUGCAGGCGUGGAAGCAUACAUUCGGCGACAAGGUUCGGGAGUUCCGGCGGGCCGAGGUCGGGUGGCUGAAGAAGAUGAUAUUCUUCGAGUGCGGCAGCACCGUGGUGUACUCCAGCGGGCCCGUCGCCAUGGCCGCGCUCGUCUUCGGGACAUACCUCGCCGCCAGAGGGGAGCUGGACGCCGGCAAGGUGUUCACGGCCACCGCCUUCUUCCGCAUGCUCGUAGGGCCCAUGAGCAGCUUCCCGCAGACGAUCGCCAUGUCCGUGCAGGCGUUCGUGUCGCUCGGCAGGCUGGACAAGUUCCUGUCAGACGCCGAAAUCGACAGCGCGGCGGUUGAGCGUCUUGGCAGCAGCGGCUCCGUGGAUGAGGUGGCCGUGAAGGUGCAAGACGGAGUGUUUGCAUGGGACGUCGAGGGCGGUGAGGGCGAGGAGAAGGAUGUCGGAGGGGAGGAGCCGGUGCUGAAAAGGAUCGAGAUGGAGGUGAGGAAGGGUGAGCUCGCGGCGGUGGUCGGCACCGUCGGCUCCGGCAAGUCGUCGCUGCUGUCGUGCAUCAUGGGAGAAAUGCACAAGGUGUCCGGCAAGGUUAGCAUAUGUGGGAGCACAGCAUGUGUCAGUCAGACAGCUUGGAUUAGAAAUGGAACCAUUCAGGAGAACAUCUUAUUUGGACAGCCAAUGCAUCUAGAAAAGUACAGGGAAAUCAUACAUGCCUGUUGCUUAGAAAAAGAUCUAGAAAUGAUGGAGUUCGGCGACCGGACUGAAAUCGGAGAGCGUGGGAUCAACCUCAGUGGUGGCCAGAAACAGCGCGUCCAGCUAGCUAGAGCAGUUUAUCAAGAUUGUGAUAUAUAUCUUCUUGACGACAUAUUCAGUGCAGUCGAUGCUCAUACUGGCUCCGCUAUCUGCAAGGAAUGUCUCAAGGGCAUACUGAAGAGCAAGACUGUUUUGCUUGUUACUCACCAAGUGGAUUUCUUACAAAAUGUAGAUACUAUAUUUGUAAUGAAAAAUGGUGGGAUUAUUCAGUCAGGGAACUACGGUCACUUACUAGAUUCAUGUCCAGAAUUUUUAGCACUUGUGGCUGCUCACCAUAGUUCCAUGGAAGCAUCUGGGGUGCAAGGUCACAAUGUUCAGAACACUGAGAAUUGCCCAGCCACCACAGUAUCACAAGAGCCCCCUUCUAUUAACUCCAACUCCAGUAACGAAAACAGCGAUGCAAAUGCCGUUGCGCCGAGCAAAGAAGCAGGUUCGUCCAAGCUGAUCCAGGAAGAGGAGAAGGAGAGUGGACGAGUAAGCUGGCAUGUGUACAAGCUAUACGUCACGCAAGCUUGGGGCUGGUGGGGAGUUCUGCUCAUUUUAGCCUUGUCUGUGCUGUCAGAGGGCUCCACAAUGGCAAGUAACUACUGGAUGUCGUAUGAAACAUCAGGGGGCACCAUCUUUGAUAUCUCAAAGUUUCUUGGUGUCUAUGUUUCGAUAGUCGCUGUUUCGAUUGUGUUUGAAUUUAUCGCCGUUCUUUUCCAAGCAUUUUUGGGGCUUAAGUCAGCCCAGGCCUUUUUCAGCAAGAUGUUAGACAGCAUUCUACGAGCUCCAAUGUCAUUUUUCGACACCACUCCCUCGGGAAGGAUCCUAAGCCGGGCAUCAGAGGACCAGACUAAAAUAGACGUUUACCUUUUAUUCUUUACGGGUGCCGGCAUAUCGAUGUGCAUUUCGGUGGCUAGCAGCAUUGCAGUUACCUGCCAAGUAGCAUGGCCGUCAGUCAUAGCCGUGCUUCCCCUACUGCUUCUGAACAUUUGGUACCGGAAUCGUUAUAUUGCAACAUCCCGAGAGCUAACUCGCCUUCAAGGAGUAACAAAGGCACCGGUUAUUGAUCACCUCACGGAGUCCUUUUCGGGCUCUCCAAUUAUAAGGUGCUUCGGGAAAGAGGAUGAAUUUUGCCAAAAAAGCUUGGACAUGAUUGAUUCGAAUUUGCGCAUGUCUUUCCAUAAUUAUGCAGCAAAUAGGUGGUUUGGGUUUCGCCUGGAGCUAAUCGGCACACUUGUGUUGUCUACAACUGCUUUUCUCAUGAUCAGUUUGCCUAGCAAUUUCAUCAAGAAAGAAUUUGUCGGCAUGUCUCUGUCCUACGGUCUUUCUCUCAACUUCUUGGUGUACCAUGCAAUUUCCAUAAGUUGUAUGAUAGAAAAUGAUAUGGUCUCCGUGGAGAGAGUGAAUCAGUACAGUAGCCUUCCUUCUGAGGCAACAGGGGCUUUAACAGAUUGUCUUCGUCCCACGCGAAAUUGGCUCCAACGGGGAGACAUUGACAUAAAGGAUCUAGAGGUCAGAUAUAGACCAAACACACCUCUAAUCUUGAAAGGCAUUACGAUAAGCAUCCGCAGUGGAGAAAAAAUUGGUGUUGUGGGAAGGACCGGCAGUGGCAAGUCAACUUUGAUCCAGGCGUUGUCCAGGCUUGUGGAGCCAGCGAAAGGCCAGAUCACCGUCGACGGAGUCGACAUUUGCACUCUGGGCCUUCAUGACCUGAGGUCUCGCUUUGGUGUGAUUCCUCAGGAGCCUGCGCUCUUCGAAGGAACCGUGAGAAGCAACAUUGACCCAAUUGGGCAGUACUCCGAGGCUGAGAUAUGGCAGGCCCUUGAGCGUUGCCAGCUGAAAGACACAGUAGCUGCAAAACCUGAGAAGCUUGAUGCACAAGUGGCUGACUUGGGUGAGAACUGGAGCGUGGGGCAGCGGCAGCUCCUGUGCUUGGGCCGUGUCAUACUGAAGCGCAGCCGGGUGCUGUUCAUGGAUGAGGGCACUGCCUCUGUCGACUCCCAAACGGACGCGGCCAUCCAGAGGAUCAUCCGGGAGGAGUUCCGGGAGUGCACUGUCAUCAGCAUUGCUCAUCGUGUCCCGACCGUCAUAGACAGCGACAGAGUUCUGGUGCUGGACGCAGGGCUAGUGAAAGAGUUUGAUGCUCCGUCCAAGCUGAUGAGAAGGCCUUCAGUUUUCGGGGUGAUGGUUCAGGAGUACUCAAGCCGCUCGUCGCAGGCAACCGAUGGAUGACGUGCAUGUCUACCUAGUAAAGCCAAAUAACAUAGAUCAAAAUUCCAGAUGAAAAA